UUGUUCGAGAUUCAUUUUACGCGCAGCAUCCCGCAAUUGCAUUUAAACACUCGAUUCAAUUAUUUCGUUCAUAAUUUUAGAAUUGCGGCGAUCAAUGAAGAUGGAUCGCGAUACCUGAUCGGCGACAGUUAUGGAACGCUUCAUCUGCUAAGAUUAAAUCGAUUUUAUAUAUUUAGAUCUCCGUGCCAAGGAGCAUCGUCUAUUUGGACCAUGCCUAUGUUUUUUGUUGGGUCGCAUUUUGGUGACUCGCAGUUCAUAAAGUUACGUUCUGAGCCGAAUGAGCAAGGAUUAUUCUUAGAUGUAAUUGAUAACAUCACCAAUUUGGCUCCGAUACACGAUUUUUGCGUGAUGAAAAUGGAGCGACAAGAACAGCAAUUUGAGCAGAGCCAAGUUAUUACUUGUUCCGGUGGUAUAAGAGACGGAUCAUUAAGGAUUAUUCGAAAUGGUGUCGGUAUCACUGUACAAGCGGACAUACAAAUGGCCGGGAUAACAG